AUGGCGUUCCCGCCGCUUGGAUCGGGCCCCAGAGUCAUGCGUGAUCUCCUCGCGCGUGGCGACAAAGACAGAGUACCCACCGAGCUCAAGGAAGCGCUCUCGCUGCUGAAGCUGUCAGGCUUGGACGCACUCGAAGAGCGCUUCCUCGCUACCGAUGCCUUUCUCCGACCUUGGGCGAUAUUCCGCGAUUCCAUCUGGGUGAUGAAGCCGGAUGCAAUGCCACGCCGGACCGUGAUAGCAACCAGCGACGGCGAUGCAGGUAUCUCGCGCACGGACAUACUGUGGUUCUACACACAGUUCGAUGAAGAUAUUCGCCGCCACGAUCCUGGAGCGGAUGAAUACGUUGAAGACCACGCAACAAAAGGUCUCGACCGUGGCAUCAUCGAUAAGCAAGGUUGGGGUAUUGACGAUUAUGAGAAGCACCUGUUUGUGUGGCUGCUGCAAACCUUCAAGGUUGGAAAGAAGCACAACCCAUGGGGCUUUGACUUCUUCCAGCUGCGCAACGUCUGUACCGCAUGGCAGGCAGUAUUCGUGCCUAUAAUCAAUGCAGUUCGCGCCUCUUACAGUGUCAUGGGUCGACGACACUAUGGGCGCCUUGCGCUCUUCAUUGAAGAUAGAUGCCCUUCUGGUCUGGCAUUUCCCAAGGAAAACGUCAGCACUCUCCAGGACCGCCUAAUGUCGCCAACUCCUUACCGCGUCGUGUCUAUACCAAAAGCCAGUGCAACGAGUAGCGUACCGCCGCGCAAUCCCCCCAAAGAGGUUGGUAUACUGACACGGAAGCACUACGAUGAGACUGAGAAGGAACUUCGCCACGUCUACCCCCAGUAUGGAGGCUUGGUCGAACGUCCGAGAUUCAAGCACAAGAUGGAGGAAUGGUUGGAGGAACAGCGAGCACGAGCGAAUCUCAGGAAAGCGGCUGAGCAGACGGGCGAAGCCGAGGCCUCUCGACGUCAGCUGAUGAAGAUGGACCCCAGAAGGCAAAGCAAGGGUCACAGCAAAGAUGGUGGUGCCAGCCCUAUCAAACGCUAUUCAGACAGCGUCCGACGCUCGCUAUCACGUAGUAAGCAGGCGCUGAUUGAGGAGCCGAAGAGUCCGCUGCAUGGAGUAACGCGUGAACUCCAAAUACCUGGCGAUCAGCUGCCGAUUCCGCCACACCAACACAUCCGAACAGUCGGAGAUCAGGCGACCCAUGCUUCGUUACAAUCGUCGGGGACGUCCGUCAUCACACCUUGGCCCCGCCCUGAUACAGAGCGCAAAUCGUCGGAACCAAGCGUCUACGGCUCAGUACGCAAAUCCAAUCCAUUUAAUCUUUCCGAUGGCCUGGAGAACUUGCAGACACCAGCUGCCACCAAUGGAUCCGUGUCAUCGUCCAAGAAUCAGCCGAGUGCGACUCCGCUGCCACAACGACAUGGCAAGGAUGAGCGGCAGGAUGUAUGGACAUCAUCGAUAAGCAAGCAGGAGCCGUAUGGGGAGCCACGUAUCCCAAGCUACAGGGUUAGUGGAUGCGAUGAUGAAAUAACAUCGACGAAGCUGGAAAUGGUAAGAGAAAAUACUGGUCGGACACCUGAGCCGAGGCGGCCCGCCAAACCACCCACACGUCUACCAGGGCCAAUCAAACCAGCUCCGUAUACUGGCCGUCUGCGGGUCGCUUCAGAGAAUAGCAGCCGUGAGGUACCAUCUCUGGCUUUUGGAAAGUCCGGUACAGCUCUUCCGCAGCCAGUUGCGUGGCCGGGUACCUCUCCGGACAGUGCAUCAUUAUUGUCUGCAGCGAGUGAGCAGAACGACUUGGUGCCACCUGUCCCAACGAAAAGCCCCAGGAGAAAGGGUAGCAUCCAAGGCUAUAUCGACAGUUCUCAAUCGCAACAGGAGCCACAAAACGGAUCUGUUCGUAGCAUGGCGCGCAUAGUGUCGAAAGAAAACAUACGUUCCGCACUCAAUGGAGAUUCGCUGAAUAGCUCAGCAGAUGUAUCACUGCCACAAACCAUGCCCGUGGACCAGAACCAGGAUGUAGCAAUGAAUCCAGCAGGAACUAAGCUACAAGCGUAUAAUAAGAAUCUGUUCCCGCGUAGGGAUGAGCGAAAGGGUACACCAGUUGGAGGAUGGGUCGGCGCGCCUCGAGGCGGAAACACAACUGCGGGGUCACAUUAG